CCCCGCGCCGUGGCUGUGGCCGUCCCCCGACCCCAGCGCCGCUCCUCUGAGGUGCCCCGCGGCUCCCCGGGCAAUGGCGGCGGCAAAGCCUCGCCCCCCGGGGUGGUAGCAGCCGCCGCUGCCCCCCCCGGCGGCCCUCCCCGUCAGAGGAAAUCGCCCAGGACAGCGGGAUGCGGGGCUGCCGUGCCGUGCCGUGCCGCGCCGCCGGCGGCGCCGGGGCGGUGGGGCGCGGACAGGUGGCCGCUCCCCUUCCCGCGCCGUCCUGGUGGCUGCAGGACGCGGUGGGGGAGAGGGACGAGGAGGAGGAGGAGGAGGAAGGGUGGGCAGCCGGCCCCGUCCUGAACAAUGUGGCUGAAUCGGCAACAUCUUGUGAAAUUUUCAGGGCUCCUGUUGAUAUGGUUGGCUGCUUGGUACUUGGGAUACUUAGUCGCUGCUCUUAUACCCAAAGAGACAAUAACAAGAUCUAUUGCUAAUCUUCAAGACAUUGGAAAGAAACCAAUGUUGAGGGCCCCAGUCCCAAAAAGGCAGAAGUGUGAUCACUGGUCUCCCUGCUCACCUGGGAAUUAUGCCUAUCGGAUUCUUAGUGGUGGCGGCAAAGGAAAGAUGGCUAAAAUUUGUUUUGAGGAUGAGCUGCUUAUAAGUGAAGAGAAGGGUAGUGUUGGAAGAGGUAUAAACAUUGCUAUUGUGAAUUAUAAAACAGGAAAAGUUACAUCGGCAAAAUUUUUUGACAUGUGGGAAGGAGACCACUCAGGAGAGAUGAUGACUUUCAUUAGAAAUGCACCAGAAGGGUCCCUCCUUUUGAUGGUGACUCAUGAUGAUGGAAGCACCCGGUUAAAAAAUGAUGCCAAAAAAUUAGUAGAAGAGCUGGGGAGUAAAGAAAUACAGAAUAUGAAGUUCAGGUCAAGCUGGGCUUUUAUAGCUGCCAAAGGCUUCAAGCUGCCAGAUAACAUCCAAAAAGAAAAGAUAAACCAUUCUGACAAGAAGAAGAACAGAUACGAUGGCUGGCCAGCUGAAAUUCAAAUAGAAGGCUGUAUCCCAAGAAACCUGAUCUGAACUAAUGCAUACCUCACUAAUAAAGAUGAUUCUAUAUUUUUA